AUGGCGAAGAUGGUGAGAAGAACGUGUGCAUUUUGUUCAGAAGGGGAGGCUGGUUCUGUAAUGUAUAUUGCCAAAGAGCGAAAUAUUGCAGCUCAUCAGGAUUGUCUGUUAUUUUCCUCAGGAUUUGUGGAAUCUGAAGAGUAUAACCCAGAUAAUCUGGAUAUAAGGUUCGAUGUGGCUUCAGUGUUGAAAGAACUCAAGAGAGGAAAGCGGCUGGUGUGCAACUUCUGUCGCAAGAAAGGAGCCACUGUGGGAUGCGAGGAAAGAGCCUGUCGCAGAAGUUAUCACUACUUCUGUGCACUCUGUGAUGAUGCAGCAAUAGAAACGGAUGAAGUAAAUGGAGUCUACCGAGUGUUCUGCCCAAAACAUGACCCAGGCAAUAGGACCAAUCACUAUGAUGCAGCUAAUAAGAGGAGAAGACAUGCAUUGAAAUCUUCAACCAUCACGGAACAAAUGAGCACAGAAGAGACAGCAGAAGAAAACAGUUUACAAAUACUAGAAAGAAAAAACAGGCAUAAAGUCCGAAUAGACUUUCUUAGGAAAUGCAAGCAAGCUGGGCUUCUGGAUGACAUAUUUGAAGAAAUGCUGGACACGCUUCACCUGGCGCAGGAAAAGCUGAUGGAUGACAACACUUCAGAAACAGAGUACGAAGAGACAGUGAUGUCACUCUUUGACUGUGGACUGUUUGAAAAUAUACUGACAAAUAUUCAUUCAGGAACGGAGGAAAAAAUCCGGGAACUUCUGGAAAGCAGGAAAAGACUGGAUGACAAGAUUGAGCUACUGCAGGACUUAAAAGAAGUCGUCCUUCCUACCCGAGAGAACACGGCUAGUACGUCUAGUACCGUGUCCGAAUAA